CGGUCUCAGUUCAGCUGUUUGUCCCGAACUGAUCGCGUCUCGUUCCCUGGAUGAGCCUGCGUAUAAGGUUAAGUCUACUAUAAGGCGGUCAGUGUUUGCGGAGGUUAUCAACGAGUCGGUUGUGUGGUGCCGCGUGUGUUGCGACAUACUUUAGCGCCUUACCGGAACGGAGUAUGUACGGCUGUUUGGCUCGAUCGGUUUGAUCUGGAUGAACGGUCGAGUUCUUUCGCUCCAGUUACUAUCGUUGUGAUUCGGUGAUGUAAAUUGUAAUAUGUAUACAAUAAUAAAUAUUGGUUUCGGAUCGUUGGUGAGAUUUGUUGUGAUCGUUAGCCGUGCGCCGGCAGUGUGAAUAUUUUUACCUAUCCUUCCGAUGGAAAACGGUCGUUCGUCUGAUGACGGUGGUGCGUUCUAUUCGGGGUUCGAAGCAAAACCGUGAUCGUGAUUUAGUUUGUUUGCAAACAAAACGAAGCAACGGCAGCCGAGCGGUUCACACCGAAACAACUGAGAGUGUUUUAUAAUAAUUUACCUACAACGGAUAUAAAUAGUCGGGUCAUUAUUUCAUGUGUUGGUUUGGUUCGGUUUGUGUUUGGCUGCAAGAUUGUCGUAGAAGUGGGGAAAUUUCGAAAUAGUCCGUACAGAGUGCCAAAAUGACCCACGAUGGGUGCAAAAUGUAACGGGCGAUAGGCGUGAGGAUGUUCGCAAUUGCGUCACGCCACAGUUACUGCGACAUUACUUCGAGCGAGCCGUUUAUUAUUCAAUAUUUUUCCCAGGAUUGAAGGAGCUUCAGAUUGCAACAAAGAAUUUUUCUUCUGUCGGGCCCAAGAAAGGAAUUUUUACGUCACAGAUUUGUGGAGGCUGGUGCAAUAGCAGGUUAGCUGCAAAAAAGUUGCAUCGGACGCACGUGAGUGAGGCUGCGUGUUGUUGGUGUUGUUAGUGUCAAUUUUCAACGGAAAUUAUGUUGUGUGGUUUUAAUGUAUUUGACUUUAAUGCAGGAUGAUCCAUGGAUGUGCUGUAAACAUUGCGAUUCAUUGCAUUGUUGCGGGUAUUAAUCGGAUAAAACCGCAUGGACGCCUUUUCAACGAAACGUAAGCAGCAUUACACAACCGGUGACUUCAGUUCGCCAGCCCCAUAUUCUAAACAGACACAGAGGAAACGGAACGUGCUUUCCAAGCAGGAGGUAUUCCGCAUGCUAGCCCCCCAAUUAGACCCAUUUUCUAGGCGUAGUAAUCGCCGUAUUAUCGAGAAAUGGAUGUUGUUAGAGUCUCCAAUAGUAAUACCAAUAUCAACAAUAGCGCUGGUAACGCCAGCCAGUCGACAUCGCAAGCUGUACAACAGCAGCAACAUUCUAAAACCAAGAACAAUAACAGCAAUAGAAACGGUUUAAAUCAAUCGACAACGAUAUCGUCACCGAGCAGUAUUCUCGGAUUUUCGGGUUUCGCACCGACACCGAAGCAAUCGCCCAGCAGUGGUAUUCAGUUAGUGGCGGGUGGUUCGGUGGUGUCCUCUUCGGGUGGCUCGGUCGGAUCGGAGGGAUUGCACCAAACGUCGAGUGAUUCCGGCAACAGUUCCAGCGUCAGUGCCAGCAUCGGUGGAGCAGUCGUGGAUGAUCCAGAGACUAAGAUUUCGAGCAUCGGGAACAGUGUUAGUGGGGGAGGUUUUGCGGAUGCUGUGAUUGAUGCCGGUGAAGACGAAGAAGCAGUACAUGACAAGGGCGGUGAUGAUGAAAAAGAGUCCCUUUUGAAGAAAAACAUUUACGUGAAUAAAAUCUACGAUGGUGGGCGCGAGCGGGAUAAUGUUUGCGAUGACGAAGGCAUUGAGUGUAGCCAGGAGAAAAUAUCUAAAGUGAAUUCUAUUGAAGUUCGCGGUAGUUCGACUGAAACGGAUGAACAUGUGGAAGAUGUUAAGCCGCUGCUACGAAUUAGCUUGAAUAAUGAGAAACAGCGCAGACCGAAGAGUAUUGUGAAAAGUCCUUCGAAUCUUAGCUUCGGCAAGGAAUUGAAUGGCGUUAUUCAGAAACCGCGUCCAAAUUUGCAGUUUCAGCAACCGGUGGAAAGCGUGAUUGGCGAUCGACCGGUGCUCCACGUACAGUUCAGUAAACCGGAAAAUGGCUACUGUUGCCGUGAUUCUGAUAUCGAGCAGCAGUUUAACCAUAAGCAGAAUAUUUGUUCCAGUCCGGUUGGCAGCAUACUAUCUCACGGGUCCGGAUCAUCCUCGGGAUCUUCUUCGGGAUCCUCCUCGAAUGAGAACAGUUCGCUAGGCGGAUAUGCCGAGGCGAGACCACCGGACGGCGGCUGGGGUUGGGUUGUUUGCUUCGCUUCGUUCAUGGUGAACCUGAUCGCGGAUGGAGUGACGUUUAGCUUUGGCGUAUUGUAUGUGGAACUGUUGGAUUAUUUUGGCGAAGGAAAAGGUAAAACCGCCUGGGUUGGUUCUCUGUUUAUGGCAAUGCCACUGCUGUCCGGACCGGUGGCCUCCUUUCUGACGGAUCGGUACGGAUGUAGGAAUGUAACCAUCGUCGGCUCCAUAUUGGCAUCGUUCGGAUUUGCCCUGUCAGCGUACGCGGAUUCGAUCGAAAUGUUAUACCUGACGUACGGAGUGUUGGCUGGAUUUGGACUCAGUCUCUGCUACGUGGCAGCUGUGGUGAUCGUGGCGUACUAUUUCGAUAAGAAACGAUCUUUUGCAACGGGACUUUCGGUGUGCGGUAGUGGCAUUGGGACGUGCAUCUUCGCUAAGAUAACGCAAAUUUUGCUGGAUGAGUAUGGAUGGCGUGGAACAACGCUGAUACUGGCAGGUGUCUUUCUUAAUAUGUGUCUUUGUGGCCUUCUGAUGCGUGAUCUCGAAUGGACUACGCAUAAAUCGAAACUUAAGCGUAAGCAGAAGGAAGCCGACUCGUACUCGGUCAGCAACAGCACCAAUACUGCUGGCACGACCAAUAAUUUAAAUGCCACUGAUGCCAACUCCGGGGCGGCCAUUGGAAAUUUGCUGAAGGGCCCCAACGGAGAGUUUAUAGAUCCUGACGAUCCGCGCCUAUUUAGUUCAUUAAUCACUUUUCCUACCUUCAUAAAAAAUGGCGAGAAAGUACCGUUCGAAGUAUUAGAAUUACUCUACAAACAUCGAAAUGUGCACGAGCAUGUUUUGCAAAAUUACCCUAAUCUGCUACAUUCUCGUAGCUUUAGUGAACCGCUAGGUCCUAAGAGUAAUGAACUUUCCCCUGAGAAGGCGGGCAAUCCAGACCAAGUAGCUGCCCCGGAUUCCCAGAAUUCCCCGCACAUAAAUCACCUCCCGCCGGGACACGACGUAGAACCGCAGCAUCCGUUCCUGCGUCGAGUGCACAGUCAUCGCAACACUGGAGUGCGAACGCCAACCACCGCCUAUCUGAAGGAUCUGCGUAUGCAUCGACACUCGCUAACCUACCGCGGGGCCAUGUUGAACAUCCAACGGUAUCGACUGAGGGCUUCGUCUUGCCCGGACAUCUAUCGCAACUCAAUGACGACGAUUGCGAAGGAGAAAACCGCCUGGUAUCAGGGGAUAGAUGAGUUCAAAAUACUGCUGGUCAGUAUUUUAGAUCUCUCCUAUUUCCGCGAUAUCCACUUUCUGCUGUUUGCAAUCUCAAACUUCCUGCUGUACACGUGGUACGAUGUGCCGUACGUGUAUUUGACGGAUAACGCUACCGAGAUGGGUUUUACGCCUUCGCAGUCGUCGAUGCUGAUUUCCAUUAUCGGCAUUGUCAACAUGGUGGGUGAGAUCGCUCUCGGCUGGAUGGGCGAUCGGAAGUCUGUGAACGCCAACUUCACCUACGCGGUAUGCAUGGGAUUGUGUGGACUAGUCACCGCUUUGGUGCCAUUAUUUUCUGACUACAUCAGCCUAUCCUGUUUGGCUGGUGCAUUUGGACUGUUCAUUGCCGCCAACUAUUCGCUAACAAGUAUUAUUCUGGUGGAGUUGAUUACGCUGGAACGUUUCACGAACGCCUACGGACUGCUGCUACUGGUGCAGGGAGUGGCUAAUUUGGUUGGCCCACCGCUUGCUGGUUGGAUUUCGGACUACACCGAGAACUACAAUCUGUCAUUCUAUUUAGCUGGAUUAUUUAUUAUUCUGUCCGGGUUGCUGUUGCUGGUGCUGCCCGCUAUCGGGCGGUACAAAAAGUUCAACGAAAGACGCGAAUCGAAGGGCAAGAAUGCCACUUACGAUUGCUAUGGAAUGAACAAUUUAACGCAACCGGUGGAUAACAAGAACAAGUUGAAUGGCACCGCCGGGUUACUUACCGACUGUUUCGCCCAGGAAAAGCUUGCGAAAGAUGGCGCUAGUGUUUAGUUGCCCCCGGAUCCUCGGUCGAGCGAAAAGCUUGGCAAACCAAUGCUGCAAAGCUGGGAUAAUCCGCAGUAAGAAGAACCACUGUUUUAGCUGAUAGGAUUUUGGAUUUUGUGUUUAUUUUUUUAGUUUCGUACAGUGUUAAACCAGUUCAGCUUGGCUCUAGUUGGACGUGAUUUUUUUGAACUAUAUGUAUCGGUUUAUAUUUUGUAAGGAAAUAAUUAGCUUUGUUUCGGUUUUACGUAACUAUUUUAGUAGUACUAGUUUUUUAGAGCCCGACCGGUUCCGGAUAGUGAACUCAAUUACAUUUGAUUCUUAUGAUUAACGAUAGAAAUAAAUUCGAGGAUCUUAGAUACUUUAAAUUUAAAUCUAGAUACUCCAACGAAAGUUACUGUUUAUCGAUGCUUCUGGAUCAACGUCCUUCCCUCUGAUGAUUCUAAACUAUGGUAAAUGAAAAUGCGAACAGAAAUUACUUCACCCUAGCGUAAUAGGGAUAUGCUCUUUAGUAAAACUAAAAUUUGAGAAUGCAGCAGGAAACAAAAAUACUUUAAAAGGUUUGAUGUAAACUUAGUCAUUUUAGAACAGUUUAAAUACGAUAAAAAAUCAUUUGUCUAAUUUAUAUACAUUUUCGUCAUGUUUGGGCAAUUAAUCAAUGGUUUGUGGUCAGUUUUUGGACAAGAGGGUACAGGUUUUCGAAUAUGGUUGAACAAUUUGGAGAGAAUUAGGCUAGAUACCGAUUAAACAGGCACACAGUAUCGUGCCGUUCAAACGAUUUGUAUUUGUAUUUGUUUAUUAAUAACUUUACGAUAACCUGUCGACAUAUGCCUUAACUCAGGUCAAUGAAGCUAAUUUUAUUAAGUGCCGUAUGUUUUGAGAUUAUUUCGAUACGUCUGAUUUUUUCUAUGGGUUUCAUAAAGAGUAUCCCACAUUAAAUUGCAUUACGGAAAACACGCUGUAGAAAAUUACCUACAGGACCAAUCCUUUUCAAACUUUUAGGCAAUAAAAUAUAACCCGUUAGAUAGCUUUGGGCAUAUUUGUUUCAUUCAACUUCAAUACCAUAACCGUAUAUUAAGACUAAGGAAAAUUAGUAGUAUUUUUUCUGGGUUUUAAUAUUCUUUUCUAUAUAAAAAUCCAGUCACCAAAUUUUCUAUUACGAUUAGAGCUACAUUCACCUGUUAAAAAUGUUAAGAUAUGUCUAAGGAACAAUCUUUGAUGAUAUCUGGGUAUAAAGGGCCUAUUAAAUUAGAGUGUCAGUGAUCUUUCUAUGGAAACAUAGCAAAAAUAUGAUUUUUAAUUGGAGACACCUCUAAAUCAUGUCCAAAUUGAGUUAUUUUUGACGAAAGUUUUUAAAAUCACACCUUGAACCAAAAUCUGAGCUGACCCAUGCAUAUUUCAAAACUUUUUAAAAAUGUGGGGAGGUCUAAUGCAUAGGUCUUUUCCUUUGAUCUCUAUUUGAUAUUGGACGAGAAGAAUGCAGCACACGCAGCGAUGUUGCUUCAAGCCACUCGUCAGAACGUGAAGUCAUAUCGACGGAAGCGAAAACAGCAGACUCGUCUUUUUCAGAACAAAGGGCGCCGCCUGGAAGAGUCUGAGAGAGAGGAGAUGGAGCUGCUGUAUCGCUCUCAAGAAACACGGGCGUUCUUCAAGAAGCUGAAUGACUCUCGCAACGGUUUUAUGCCGCGGGCCGAAAUGUGUAGAGACAAGGAAGGUGGUAUCUUGACGGACGAACGUGAGGUGGUCGAAAGGUGGAGGCAGUACUACAAUGAACAUCUGAAUGGUGAGCAGUCGGGCAAUCGGGCGUUUGAGGAGCACGCUUAUGUCAGUGUGGCAGCCGACGGGGAUGUACCGGCUCCCACUAUGAAUGAGGUUCACGAGGCUAUUCAACAGCUCAAGAACAACAAGGCAGCUGGUAAGGAUGAUCUAGGAGCGGAACUCUUCAAGGUGGGUCAGGAGAAACUGACGAAAAGCAUGCACCGAAUAAUCGGAAGAAUCUGGGACAGAGAACAGCUACCGGAGGAGUGGAAGGGAGGGGUCAUUACCCCGAUAUACAAGAAAGGCGACAAAUUGGACUUUGAAAACUACAGAGCGAUCACAGUGACAAAUUCCGCUUGCAAAGUGCUAUCCCAGAUUCUGUUCCAGCGCCUAUCACCGCUGGUAAAUGGAUUUGUCGGGAGUUAUCAGGCCGGUUUCAUCAACGGCAGAUCAACAAACGACCAAAUCUUCACUAUACGGCAAAUCCUCCAAAAAUGCCGAGAAUACCAGGUCCCGACACAUCACCUGUUCAUCGACUUUAAAGCCGCAUAUGACACGGUGGACCGUGUAGAGCUAUGGAAAAUGAUGGACGACAACGGCUUCCCUGGGAAGCUGACAAGACUGAUUAAGGCUACGAUGGCUGGUGUAAGGUGUUGUGUCAAAAUUUCGGGUGGCCUCUCAGGUCCGUUCGAAACACGUAGGGGACUAAGACAAGGCGAUGGGUUGUCCGGCCUGCUGUUCAAUAUAGCGCUGGAAGGUGUAAUGCGAAGAGCGGGGUUCAACAUGCUAGGUACGAUUUUCACGAGGUCCGGACAGUUCGUGUGCUUCGCUGACGACGUGGACAUAAUCGGUAGAAACAAGGAGACGCUAGCAGAUCUGUAUACCCGACUGAAGCGCGAAGCAGCACGAGUAGGACUGAAGAUAAAUGUAUCUAAGACGAAGUACAUGCUGGCUGGCGGAACCGAUCGCGAUAGGGAACGCUUGGGCAGUAGUAAUACUCCAGAAUUGAUGGGGGAUUCCAAAAAUAUUGAAAAUUGUUUAAAAAUAGAUUAGACUUAUUUCAGAUUCAUUUUCCUGAUGUGGUCGAGCUCGGUGGUUUUUCUUUUGAUAUAGGAAACUCGGAAAGCUCUUGCCUUGAAUUUGAAAACCAGCGGAUACUAGCUUGGUAAUCGGUGGCUUCUUUGAGGCAGAGGAAGUUUCUUAGCUAACUCGCUAAUAGUUGGGAUCCAGCCAGGGAUAGUACUUUUCUUCCUUUCGGCACCAAGAAUAGAUACAUAAUCAUGAUCGUUUUACGAGCUACAUACAUCCGAGAAUAUGUUUUGCAGUCGUAUUGGAUUUGGGUUCGUUACUUUCCUAAUUUCCUUAAAAGUGCAUUUGAAUCGCUCUUUCGUAGAACGCUUAAGCCUAAGGCCCACACCGUUAUCUAGGUCAGUGACCGUAAAGGAAUCUUCGGUAAUCACACCAACUAUUUCUACGGCGUUAGUCGGAAUGUACACGCGAUGUUUCAAGUUAAAGUGUGGAUCAUUGACGAUCGCUUAGGCCUGUUUCUGGUCUGAGACUACGCGAAUUUUAUUGGGAUUAACCUUGACUAUUUCAUGUACGCUUGAAAAAUUGGCAGUCAGACAGACCCUUACUAAUUUUGGACACUCUCUUUUAGCAAAAAACGUUUGUUGACUUUAUUGUCGAACAGGCAGAACAUUAUUGUUGGGUUGGUUGUUAAUUGCACCAGUAUCAGUACCAGAACCCGUAUCAGGAUACAUACCAGAACCCAGAGGAGGUAUUGGUAAAGAGGAAUUCUGAUUAGAGUUUAGGAUUUUCGUUAUUGCGCCGGUUGAGUAAUUCACGAAUGUAACGUUAUGAUCUAUGUCGUCCCCGUCAGACGUUGGGACGGCAGGAAUCAGAAAAAAUAUAGCAAAAAUAAAAUAAAUGAAUAUAAAAAAAAAUUAAAUAAAAAUGGAAAAGAUUAACUUUUCUGCAUCUUUCUGGAAUGCCUGCUGAAUGUAGUGAAAAGGUAGCGCCAAAACUGCAAAACUUGUGCAAUCACCGUUCGCAGUACACCGCCGAAGACACCGCCGCUACGGCGAGAUGGAUGAAUGCUGAGAAACAACCACUACCGCGCCGCCGCUGAAAUCGUCCUCACUACGAGGACCGAUAAACGCCAAAAUACUCCACUCCAGCUCCAGGGUGAAACACCACCGCUGCCACUCGUCGCACAUUCAACUGUACGUCGACCGAUAUACCUGUAUAAAUCACGACCAAACCGCAGGCGUAGAAACACUGUCAAUGGAAUCGGUAUUGAAGUCGCCGUCGCCACUCACCUCCCACAGCAGUAAACCACACCUGUGCCUUACAAAAACGUUGCGUCACAACCGCGCGUACCGAUUGCGCGGAAAAAACCGACUCAGUGCAAAAACUACCACCGCUACGACGAACCAAGUCGAGCAAACGAAGACAGAAAACAAGUCCGUCACGUCAGAGAGCAUUUUACCGGUGACGAAUCUAUUUUAGUUUUAUUUCUAAAAAUUUUCCACGUUCGACGAGUUACAUUUUAUGAAAAUUGAUUGAAGAAUAAUAGAAAUGAUGAUAAAAUUCAAAAUAAACUUCAAAAUAUGUGUGAUUUGCAUCACAGAGUAAAAACGUUAUAGGGGAUUUUGGGGAUAAAAUGACGCAGUACCCCACUUUCUCGUAUUUAUCAAGAAACAGAAAUAUCUUCUUUCAAAUAUUAAGAUUAUUUGCAUUAAAUAAGGUAUGAAUUGUAAUUUUCUGAGUGCUACUUAAAAAGUUAUAGCAUUUAAUAUAUUUUCCCUCCGUAUUUCCCCAUAGUUCCAAUUUUAAGAAUUUCAAGCGAAGUGGGCGGGGGUCUAGAAUUGUCCAAAUGAUGAGAAAUUUGGCCUCUGAGCUUAUUAUGGCAUUUGUCACAAUAUGAGACCCCCUAGAAUACCUAGAAAAGUCACUCAUAUCCUGACUUAUUUUAUAAAACAAAAUUUGAGCACCGCACCCACCUCCCCCUAAGGCCAACCGCAGGCUACGGGCCUGGUUAGAGAGCACCGGAACUUCGCUACUUCUAGAGUAUAAUAACAUACUGACGCUGGUAGAAUUUGUCCGUUUGCUUUGUUGUUAAGAAGCAGAGCACCUUAAGAUAUAAAUGUAGAGGGUGGGCGUAGUGUAGUUGGUAAAUCGAUUACCUUGUACGCAGCACACCUGGGUUCGAGUCCCGACUCCGCACAUAGGGUUAGAAAUUUAUCAUAAGAGAUUUUUCUAACCCGAUGACCUUAAGGUUAAAACCUCUAUAAUCGAAAUAAAAAAAAGUUAAAUGAUUCAAAAUAGUCCGAUGAACCAACGUUGGAUUACGUUUAAUAGAUCGUCCAACAGGCGUCCAUUAUUGAAUUCGUAUAGGACGAUUUGGAGACAUUUUUUUGGGUUUCACAGUGGAGUGUUUGAACGGGAUGAGAAAGUAGACUCAAAUAUAGUUACUAUAUUCAUAGUUAGGUGGAUACAAAAGUCGUAAAACUGCCAGCUCUUAUUUCAGGAAUAAAACACUGGCAUCCCAUGCAAAGCUCUAGCUUAAUAGUUUCAGUGUUGACAUCGUGAGCAAGAACUUUACAUGUGCGAAUUCGAAGAUAUGAUAUGGUUGCAUAGUUGUGCGAAUAUCUCUUGGUGUAACAUAUUGCUUAUUUUCGUUUCUCUGCAUUCGAUAACACGAGGAAGAGUAAAAUAAUUAUCAUUAUAAUCACAAUAUUAUUUCCAUAUACAUCCAAAGAGAACAUGUUGGUUCCGACAUUUGACAUGUUCAAUUUUCUCUACUCAGUGUCUCCGCCUAACUGCGAAUAUAGUAACUAUAGAAUGAAUUUCUCAUUGUUGCUUAGGUUCUAUUAGGUUCUUUACUGACACAGUUAACCUCACUUUUCUUGACAGUUUGCUUGUACUUGUAUUCAAUUGAAUACUUUACGUUGACGUCACAAAUGAACUCAAGUGUUCAUUUUUGACAGUUCGCUUGUACUGUUUACAUGGACUUAGAAAAAUUCUUUGCGAAUUGCUUCGGGUAAAUAUGGUCGUCCACAAAAUUUUGUCUAAGUCCAAGUAAACAGUAUAAGUGAACUGUUAACCCUAGAACGUUGCACUGGGGUACAAACGUACCCCACGCGUUUGAUCGCAAUUUUCGCAGAUAAAAAUGCAAACAAAAGAAAUGUCUAAUACAUAUUUUUUUGCGUCUUUUGAUCGCAAAAACAGCUGUGUAAGUGAAAGUAUGGAAUUUAUUGAAUCAAUGAUACAUAAAUCGAACAAAAAAAGUGAAAAAAUCGCGGCUUUGACUUUUUUUUACAAAAAUUACUAUAACUUAGCGAAUUUUCAACUGAUUUGAAAAAAAUCAAGUGAUUCUAAAAGCUGAAAGAAUGGUCUAGAAAUGGUAUAAAAUGGAACUUCGAUAUUUUUGAAAAAGUGCAAUUUUUUGGAAGAGUGAAAGUUUAAAAAUUGGGUUUUGGAAAAUACAGUGAAAUGGGGUGGAAAUUGAAAUGAAAAAAUAUUUCUGACAUUCUGACAUCUGAGUAAUACAUUGAUAACAUGCAAUGUUACUGUUACAGCAGUUACUGUGCGCAAAUUAUUCUUGCGGGCCAUUGUUUUAAAAAACUGUAAAAAAUAAUAAAACAAUAACAAUCAGCAAAAAUGAGAGCUAUUUUUUUCUACUUCAAAAUUAUACUAUUUUUUUGAGUAAAUGAUUAAAAAUGAUUAAAUAAUACUAAUUGUUACUUACGUAGCAAAACAACAAUUAUUUAAACUGGUAUUGUCACGAGUUACAUUUCCACUGACAGCACGGAUCCUGACGAAACGCUAAAGGCAACCGUACACUGGGGUACAAAUAUAUCCCACGCCAAUUUUGAAACCUGCAUGCACGAAGACUAUAAGCAAACUGGCUAUACCACCUUUUCCUACUCUUACUAGGAACUCUAAUGGCGUUUUCGCUUGAACCCGAAACUGAGUCAGGUUCUAACCCCAACCGCUGUCAGUUCAUACAUUUUGACAGCAGUUGGGGUUAGAAACUGACUCAGUUUCGCUUCAAACGAAAACCACAUAAGUUGAAUUAUGAUUAGGGUCACAGGUCGGUAAAUGCCGAAAGAAGGCGUUUUAUUUAGGGUUAAGAAAAGUGAGGUUGGCUGUGUCCGUAAAGAACUUAAUUAAAAAGUUUCUUCAGAAUGGGUCUGACUAAAGUUCGAUUUAAAAAACAAGAUUCUGUUAUACUUACCCAUUAGUACUGCAAUUAAUGCUUAACACGCGUUUUUUGAAAUCGCUCCCAGGCACAGCCAAAACUGACCACGAACCAAACAACUUGGAUGGCUUGUCAAGUAUUGCGGAAGUAUAAAUUUACUUUGUCCAACAAUUGAACUUGUGUUCAUACUUUUAGUUUGUCGUUUGUUCCUCAUACAAGCGACACUAUUUCUAAUUUAUAUAAAACUAUCAACAGAUUCAGCGACAGCACCAGUAAAAUGCUGUCUGCUAUUUAAACAAAAAAAUCGAACCAUUUAUGAACCUAGAGUUAGAAUUAUCCGAUUAGUAUUGCCUUCAACCGAAACGCUAAACAGCGAAAGGCACAAUUUGAAACGUUUCAAUGGAACAACUAAAAAGAAAAUAAAAUAUUUAACCAAUUUCUCAAUAACACAAUAGUUAUUUUGAAUCCUCACUAUAAUUAAUAGAAGAAGUAGUAUUGUUCCUAUAUUUUUCAUCUUAUAUAUUUGAAUACGGCAGAAAACGAGGCAGAACAAAGCAUAUAUUGACAUUGCAGAGAAAAGCAGAAAAAACUUAGAAUAGUACACAAACCACUGACAGAAACGGCAAAAUUUUCGGUUCUGGAACUGCCCGAGUAGAGUAAAGAAACCACACACUCUCACACAACUGUUGAACCACAGAUGACAGACGUGCAGGCCUAUAUUAAAAACAGGUGUAAGCAUCCACAACUGCCAUUUCGAAUGAAGCGAGAGACUAAAACACAUUUAGCAAUCGUUUGUAGGUGGCGUAGCGGUCGAUGCAAUGCAGCUGUCAAUCGACGUGAGGGUAACAGUGGAGUAGAUGGCAGCAGUGAGUCAUUGAUUUUGAUUUUAAAGCUUACACAGGUUUUUUAAUAAAUUUGGUUCUAGCCUACAUGUCUGUUAUCAAUGGUAAAACUAACUAUACACAGCUGUAAUUAUAGCUAUCGUCAGUUGUGGCAGAUUUGGAAGUAACAAAAAACAAACAUGAAAGAAUAUAUUCAUCAACUGUGAUCAUUUAGUAAGUACGUGAAUAUAAUAAUCAAUUCAAGGAACAAGGGAGAAAACCCUCGGCGCGAUUUAUCGGAUGCAGUGAGAUGAGAAGCGAUUUGCAUUGUUAACACACAUACACAGAACCGAUUAUAACAGCUGCUUUUUGAGUCAAAAUCUCACAUUUCAGUUUGCUUUUUAUUUAGUUGAAGGAGAAAAGAGACACAGAUAUGACAUACAGUACAUCAGCGAGCAGAAGAUAAACAGUGUGAUUUUGCAAUUUACGGAAUGCUAUCCUAUACAUACAGGAAUGAGUUCGAAGACUUUGAUAACACAGUGGAACACGCAUCAGGUGCGAAAAUAGCCAAACUGAAUUCGAAACAGUAUCAAAAUAGAACGGAUUAACGAUCAAACUGUCCUGACUAAAUGCUAAAUUAGUUUCGGACGGUUAGGUUUGCUAUUAGGAUUAUUACAAAGGCGAUACGAUUGCUCAAAAUUUGUUUUUCCUUAACUGACAGUAAAACAUCCGGAUCUGAUGAAACAGAAGAAGAUAUAUUUUUUCUACGACCAAUUGUAAAUAAGUGAUAUGAUGUUUGUGUAUAUAUUUGUAUUUGCUUUAAUUUUUGGGUAACAAGUAUACAUUUAGUUAGGGUCAGUCUUGAUUAGAUUUGCAUACACACUAAACACAUCCAAACCCACACAUCCAGACAAGGACACUAAUGGAUUCGAGACUAACUGAUGGAGAUGACAUUUUGAAACCAGGCAGACAAAGAAGAGGUAAUGUAUUAGUGAACUAAACCAAUGAUUUACACACCAAUUGCAAUGGAACACAGCGGUGGGCAAGAGUAUAAGUAAACGAUAAAUAAUUAUGUAUAACUAGAGAACAAAUUUAUGAAAUUCAAUUAAAGCUCGUUCAAAUCGAAA